GCGUGGUGGAGGAGAUCAUGGGCUUCUUCGUGGCGCCCUUCACGGGGCAUUACUCCUUCAUGACCUGGGGUCAAGUGAAGCAGGAUGUGUGGCUCAGCGAGUCGGCGGACCCGGCGGACAUGGUGAAGGUGGCGGAGAGCAUCGACUCCCAGCCCUGCAGGUUUGGCGGGCGACGCCGAAACAUCUAUAAGGGCUGCAGCAUGUUCUACAACUACCGGAACCACAACACACCCCCGAGCCGCCACCUCGGCAUGCCGGUCUCCCAAUGGCACGGCUGGUCCGGCGACAGCACCGACCUCCGCACGCCCACGGAAGUGACCAUGAAGCUCCAGAAAGGUGAGCGCCGAUUUCUGGUGAAGCGGGUGUCGCUGCCGGAGAGCUACCGACCCAGCUUCCUCAACAGCGCCCGCCGCCGGGCCUAUCAGGCCACGGGGCUCCGGAUCCACGACCCCGAUCUCUCGGAUCUUACCCCUGAGCAGAAGGAGCUGCUGGCUGAGCGGAAGAGCUGGCCGGAGAUGCUGCUCUUCAAGAAGUUCUACUCCAAGAACGGGGGCCAGUGGCGCAUAGGCUUGCGCGCGGCCGAGGCGGACCCCGUCACCUACAGCGCAUGGAUCCAAUGGAACUUCGGCGACUGGCACGUGGCAGAGGCCCUGAACGGCAUGGUGAUGCCGGAUGGCACCCAGGUCCAUGUCGACACAUGGUGGUUCAACUAUUACAUCAGCGGGGAGGAGCAGGUCACGGAGAUCCUGGUGCAGUUCUGGCGACCCAUGGGCAACUUGCCCGUGCUGGAGAUCGAGUACGACAGCAUGCGGAGCCGCGUGGAGGUGGUGACGGUCACCAACGGCGACGCCAACGACCUCUUCAUUUGGCCCUUGCCUGGCUCGCUCUUCGAGGUGCCGGUGAUGGAGCCCUCAGCCACCCUGGUGGCCAACGGACACCGGGCCCGGUUCAGCCCACGCGCCCCGGGCCCGAGCAAGGGGAACACGAGCAACGCCAGCGAGGAGGCGCCGGAGCGAGAGGCGGUGCCCUUCCCCUGCGAGCCGGGGGCCUUCAAUGCCACCGGCUGCAACGAGGCCCUGGGCUGCCAGUGGGAUGCGGCGCAAAAAGCCUACGGCCUGCACGAUACCCUGGACGGCGCCCAGUACUACGAGACCUGGGAGGAGUGUCAGCAGCGGUGCUGCCACGAUGAGGACUGCCUGGCUGCGAGCUAUGACACCGCCACCAUGGUCUGCUACAAGCUCACGGAGGCGCAGACCACCGGGGUGACUCUCUGGCCCUCCGAGACGACCACGUGGCUCUACGCCACCGUGGCCUCGCGGAGGCCCAGCAGCGACGGCUACGGGGCCUUCCGGGGCGGCCUGGCGUUCGCGGGGCUGCAGCUGAAGGCCUACCCGGACCACCGUUCUGUGACCUUCUGCAAGGCCAUGUGCAGCAAAGAUCCGCUCUGCAAGGCCAUCCACUGGUACGAGACCGCUGGCUGCUUCCUGAAGUCGCGGUGCCUCACGGAGGACUCUGUGAAGGUCGCGAGCUCCGAUGAUGCGAGCUGGACCUACUACAAGAAGGACGUGGAGUGUCCGCGCCUGGACCAGAUUGACGAGGAAACUAGGGACAAGAUGCUUCAUCCGCCAGAUGAGUUUGGAGGCUCCUACAGCUCCUUCGCCCAGGGCUUCCUGUCGGGCCGGCGCCGCUGGUUCCAACGCCAGACCUACCUCCGCUACGCGGCGCGGGGCGGCUUCAAGGUGGUCUCCGUGGAGGAGAGCGACUCCGAGAACGUGGCCGGCCAGGCCUCCUGA